AAUCAGGAAAAACCAGUUUAGCUAAAAUGAAAGUUAGCUAAGCUUUUGUUUUUUUCUCUUUGUGCAAGAAAAUGGCAGAAGCUGGUAUUUCGUGGUCUCAGAAUCAGUUCAGCUGUUCAAUCUGUCUGGAUCUACUGAAGGGUCCAGUAACUAUUCCCUGUGGACACAGUUACUGUAUGCGCUGUAUUUCCGGCUAUUGGGAUCAGGAUAAGCAGAGGGGAGUCUACAUCUGCCCUCAGUGCAGACAGACCUUCACUCCAAGACCUGCUUUAGGGAAAAACACCAUGCUGGCUGAAGUGGUGGAGCAACUCAAGAAGACCAAACUACAAGCUGCUCGUCCUGCUCACUGUUACUCUGAAUCUGCAGAUGUGGAGUGUGAUGUUUGUACCGGAGACAAAAACAAAGCCGUCAAAUCCUGUCUGGUGUGUCUGAACUCUUACUGCCAAAAUCAUCUUGAACAACACGAGAGUUUCUUCAGAGGUAAAAGACACAAUCUGAUGGACGCCACUGGACGACUGCAGGAGAUGAUCUGCCCUCAACAUGACAAACUACUGGAGGUUUUCUGCCGCACUGAUCAGUGCUGUAUUUGUUUGCUGUGUGUGGAUGAACACAAAAACCAUGAGAUCGUAUCAGCUACAGCAGAGAGGACUGACAAACAGAGGCAGUUGGAGGAAACCCAGAGUAAACAUAAUCAGAGAAUCCAGAGGAAACAGGAGGAGUGUGUGGAGCUGAGAGUGGCUAUAGAGUCUCAGAAGUGCUCUGCACAGGCAGCAGUGGAGGACACUGAGAGGAUCUUUACUGACCUCAUCCGCUCCAUUGAGAGAAGACGCUCUGAGGUGACGCAGCUGAUCAGAGAUCAGGAAAAGGCACAAGUGAGUGCAGCUGAAGGACGACUGGAGCGACUGAAGCAGGAGAUUGAUGAUCUAAGGAGGAGAGACGCUGAGCUGGAGCAGCUUUCACACACAGACCAUCACAUCCAUUUCCUCCAGAGUUUCCAGUCUCUCUCUACUCCUCCUGGAUCUACAGACUCAUCCAGCAUCACUGUCAGCUCUUCUCUCUCUUUUGAUGAUGUUGGUAAAUCUGUGUCUCGUCUGAGAGAGAAACUGGAGGAUUUCUGCAGAGAGGAGAUAGAAAAGAUAUCAGUGAGAGGCAUAACCAGCAUUCAAAAACCUGAACUAAAGACCCGUGAGGACUUCCUCCAAUAUUACCGUCCGCUCACUUUGGAUCCAAACACAGUGAAUAAUUGCCUGGUGCUGUCUGAAGGGAACAGAGUGUUUGAACACACUUCUACAAACCAGCAGUAUCCUGAUCAUCCAGACAGAUUUGAUUGUUUUCUUCAGGUGUUGUGUAGAGAGAAUGUGUAUGGACGCUGUUACUGGGAGGUGGAGUGGAGUGGUGAUGUGGAAAUAUUAGUGGCUUAUAAAAGCAUCAGCAGGAAGGGACUGGGAGAUGAGUGCGGGUUUGGACGUAAUGAUCAGUCCUGGGGUUUGUCCUGCUCUAGAUCAAGAUGUUCAUUCUGCCACAAUAAAAAACAGACCAAACUGCCAGUAAUGUCCAACUCGUCUAGAAUAGGAGUGUAUGUGGAUCACAGUGCAGGUACUCUGUCCUUCUACAGCAUCUCUAACACAAUGAGCCUCAUUCACAGAGUCCACACCACAUUCACUCAGCCACUCUACCCUGGGUUUGGGAUUGAUUCAUUAUAUUCACUGUUUUCAGAAACCAAGCAAAAAAUAAAACUGAGUGAUCUGAAGAUCUGAUCUGAUCUGAAGAUCUGAAGACAUUUUAUAAGCAAAUAAGAGUUUGUUAAUUGACUUUGUUGACCAAUAUACAAUGGCUGGACAAAUGCUCUAAUUUCUACAGCAACUCAUAUUUUCUUGAUCAGCUUCAGUAAGAAUAUAGUCCUGUGUAUUUUGUGUAUUUUCACAUUGUGAGUUUGUUUUUCUCCUUAUGAAUCCUGUUUUACCACAGAAAAAAGUGCAACAUUGAGUUCAGUUCCUCAAUAAACAUCACUGACAGAACACGA